AUGGUAGAUCGCAUGUUGUUCUGUCCAAUAUGCGGUGGCCCCAUUCGCCCGCCAGUUCCGAACACUGGCGGGGUGUGGAGGGAUGACAUCAAAUGGCAGACUGAGACUGUAUUACUCCACGAUCCGGAAAGUGAGUUUGAACAGCUUGAACAGCACUACAGGGGCGGCAAAUAUAGAGGAGUCGAGCAAGCGAACAUCCAGAUCAAUGCAGAUAUUCGACAAGACAACGCGACAACUACGUGGUCCAACACCUGUGUGGUAAAGGAGACCGGCCAGGAAAUUGCGCCCAAUUGGUUGGCCGGAUUCGAUGAAUUCAAUAUUCCUUACAACAUUCCGUACAGCAUUGCGGUGCACAAACCAUGCGUAGACAUUGCGGUCAAGGUUAUGCGUAGGUCGCAAAACGACAUUCGUGUCCGUUCUCUGCGCACCCUUUGGAAGGUGAUACGCACAAGAUUUGACGCACGCGACAACGAAUACAUGGGCACAAUUGACAAACCUGGGCCGCAGUACCUCGUAAUGGACCACGGGUACUAUAUGCCACUUGGCUUUGCUGAUGACUAUUCAAUAUGGGAAGGCGAUGAUGCGCACUGGGUUGUCACAAACCCGACGGAAGUGCCACAGCUGACAGCGCGGAUCAUUGCAAACACCAAGGUCUUUGAGCCACAAUCAGCAAACCCAUCUGCAAGGGAUUUCGGCCAAUUAUUUCUAUCUCUACCACAAGAAUUACGGGAUCGAGUCAUAUCGUUCAUGGGCUGUUUCGAAGGGCUUUCAACUCAUUGCACUGGCCUUUUGCCUCAAAACACAUGGCUCGACAUUCUUUUAGACGGCAGAUAUCUGCCUUUUCUCUGGGACCUUGACACCGUUGCUGUUGAGAAGUUCUUUGACGUCAAGGCCAAGGAAGGAGUGGAGAUGAACUGGGAACUGCUGGUACGAGAACUUAGUAAUGGAGUUUGGUCCACCUGGAGGCACCAUAACAGUUUGGAAGCAGAACUUGAGAUAUUCUGCUACCCAAACUUGAUAGUACCGAAUGGAUUGCGGAACAGAAGAAGAAUAUGGCAAUUGAUUGAGGAGAUGUAUGUUGGCGAUGUACUCCCUGUGCGCAGGAGCUGGGUCAACUCCAAGCAAAUUCCAACGAUGCCUCGCUAUUGGGAUGAAUAUGGUGAUCCUGCCUAUCCAGUGGUCAGGGUUGCGGGUAUACUGGAGGAGGAUUGA